GCUGUUUAAAAUUAAUAUUUAAACCAGGUUUAUCUUGCAGAUGCGUUUUAAUUAAGCUAAUUAGCUCUUUAGUUCUCUGUGCCUUAUUAACGUUAUUUAUAGCGUUGAGUCAGAUAGCCGCCUAGCCGCUAGUAGCCUCAUAGUAACUAGCGUAAGGUCACAUUCAGUAUUCUGUAUUUGUGACUGAUUCAGCACACCUACCGCAAGCACACGCAAAUGUCACGACGUAACAGCUAGCCUGGAUUCAUGGCUAACCCAAAGAUGCUGUGGAUGACCCUUCACCUUGUUCUGGUCCUCUGCACUGUCCAGGCUGGAGCUGAUGAAAAUGCAGAGUUUGACCCCUACAAGAUCCUUGGAGUCACCACAAGUGCAAGCCAGACAGAAAUCAAGAAAGUGUACAAACGACUCGCCAAAGAAUGGCAUCCAGACAAAAACAAGAAUCCAGAGGCGGAGGACAUGUUCAUUAAAAUAAGCAAGUCGUAUGAGAUUUUAUCCCAUGAAGAGAAGAGAUCCAAUUAUGAUCGCUACCGACAGACUGACUCAAAUCCCUACAGUCCGCACGGCUUCCGUCACUUUCACGACAACUUCUACUUCGAUGAGUCUUUCUUCAACUUCCCAUUCAGCAGUCAUGGUCGCAGCGCUGCUGACAGCAAGUAUACCUUGCACUUCAACCAGUAUGUGAAAGAAGUCGUGCCUGACACUUUCAAAAGACCUUACAUUAUCAAGAUCACCUCAGACUGGUGCUUCAGCUGCGUCCAUAUGGAUCCUGUGUGGAAGGAGGCCGUGCAGGAGCUGGAACCACUCGGGGUAGGAAUAGGGGUGGUGGAUGUCGGCUAUGAAAGACGAUUGGCUAACCAUUUAGGCGCUCAUCGCACUCCAUCUAUACUUGGUGUCAUCAAUGGAAAAGUGACUUUUUUUAAUUAUGCACUGGCCAAGGAGCACAUCGUGCAGUUUGUGGAGGAACUACUUCCACAGAGACUGGUGGAAAAGGUCACCGAUCGUAAUGACCGUGACUUCCUGAACAGCUGGCAUGACCUUAACAAGCCCCACAUUCUGCUUUUUGACCAAAUGCCUACAGUUCCUUUUUUAUUUAAGUUGACUGCCUUUGCCUAUAAGGACUAUGUGCAGUUUGGUUAUGUGGACCAGGGCCUUUCUGAGACUGCCAACUUGCUCAAGCAGUACAACAUCAACACCUAUGCUCCCACCAUGCUCGCCUUUAAGGAGAACACAGAUAAGCCAGCUGACUUCAUACAGGCUAAAGGGAUGAGAAAGCCAAUCAUUGACGAAUUCAUCUCCAACAACAAAUUCUUACUUGCUCCUCGUCUGGUGAACCAGAAGCUCUUUGAUGAGCUCUGCCCUAUCAAACAGUUCCACCGGCGAAGAAAAUACUGUGUUCUGCUCAUCACUGGCGAGGAGGAAGCCUUUGUACCAGGAAACAAAGCAUUCCUGACUCUGGCUUCUGCCAACACUGAAGAUGUUCUGCGCUUUGCUUAUGUGUACCAGCGUCUGCAGCAGCCUCUGUGUGCUGUGCUUCUGAAGAACAGAGACAGCACUCCACCACAGGUGGUGAUCCUAGAGCGGCGUAACGGAGCCGGUAAGGUGCUCUACAAGCCUGUGCUGGGUGGUUGGAAUGGCAGUGAAGAGGACAAACACAGACUGCUGGAGGAUCUGCAGCGGCUGCAGAAAGAUCCCUCCAUCCUUACCCAUGAUGCCACCUUGCCAGAGCUCAACAACGAGUUCGCUUCAAUGUUUCUAAUCAGAUGGAUUUCUACAGCAUAUGACUACCUAUCUGAAAUCAUUGAUGAUCUUUUUCACAAUAAUUGGCGGGAAAUGAUGCCUCUGCUUUCUCUGAUUUUUUCUGCACUGUUCAUCCUGUUUGGCACAGUGGUUAUUCAGGCUUUCAGUGAUUCUGGUGAUGAGAAACUAUCCAAAUCAAAGGCAAAAGAAACAGCGAAGAUGGCAAACGGAUCACCGAGCACAACCACCACCUCCAGCCGUCCACCAAAAAAGAACUUUGUGGAGGUGACCGAGUUGACAGACAUCACUUACACCAGUAAUUUGGUGAAGCUGAGACCUGGACACAUCAACGUGGUGCUGGUGCUUACAGAUGGCACCAAAAACAUCCUGCUCAGCAAGUUUGCCAAGGAGGUGUACUCCUUCACUGGGAGCCAGACGCUGCACUUCUCCUUCCUGAAUGUGGACAAGCACAGUGAGUGGAUGGCCACUCUGCUGGAAUAUGCCCAGGAUGCCAUGCAGUUAGAGGCGGACGAGGAAGAGGAGGGCAGCAACCGCAAAACGGACUACACAGGCUACGUGCUGGCUUUAAACGGUCACAAAAAGUACCUGUGUUUGUUUAAGCCAGUCUACACAGGUGAGGUUGCCUAUGGGAAGACCGAGGAGGAGCCGGAGCGAUCCAGGUCCAGGUCGAGCUCCAGAGAAGAUCACCAGCACAGAAAAGGAGGGGCACGUUCACGCUCCACCACCCUCCACAUCCACCACAAACUGGACCGACUUGGCUUGUGGAUGGAGCGGCUGAUGGAGGGCACUCUGCCUCGCUACUACAUCCCGGCCUGGCCCGGCCUAGACAAGAUCACAGUCAGUAAGUAGAGCUAGGAGGCUCGCUGCUAAAACACUGGGUGAUAUAAACUGGAUGGAUCGGCAAUGCUGAGCUUUAAGACUACUAAGCAGGGUAGAGUUUGUUCUUUGGUGACCCCCCAUUGCAGACACUCCCUGCAGACUUUGAGUGGCACUGCAGGCUGAUUUUGGGACCUCACACAGUUAUAGCGUGCUUAAUUUGACACCAAUGCUGUAAACGACUGAAGCAAAUUGUAGCAUCAUCCAUCCACGAUGCUGCACUGACUUCCUGACUUCAGGUCUUUUGAAGGUACAAUAAGUAUGAUGGGCUAUUAAAACCAGAAGGGAGACAUGGGUAGGAGGGAUAGGACCAAUAUAUAUUACAGUCUUAAAAGAUACUGUCAGAGUAGUCAUGGGAAAUUUGUUGUCAUUAAUAAGCUCAACAUAAGAAACCUGAACUAAAGAAAAUUUAGUCUUGAGUAAUAAAAAGUAAUGUCAAUACACACAUGAAUGAGCAAAAGCAAAAAAUAUUGGAUAACAAUUGUGUUGGGAGAUAUUAAAUGUUGGGCUGAUGGUAGAUACUUGUAGAUACAAGGGGUAAGCCAUGAACCGCCAACAGGUAGUUGGACUCAUGGAUGCCAGAUGACUCAUUAAUGCCUGCUGGUCAUGGCCUGGUACCAGAUAGCACAGAACUCCCUCUGAUGUUUUGUGAAGUCCAUGUCUCGGUGAAUCAGAGCUGUUUUGACAGUAUGUAAGAUGGGUGGUUCAAAUGUUUUGGCUCAUCGUGUAUAUGAUCUGUAUCGAACUGAAGCAUGAUUCUAUUUAUUAUUUACUUUUUAUGGUCACAUUAAGGUUUAGUAGUUAAUUAUUUACAAAUAAAAUGAGACCUUAAAUAUUAAUUAUAAAAAAAAAAGUAUAUUCCUGUCUUGUGCCUACUGUUUCCCAGUGGAACUGGCCUUGCUAUGACCCUGACCAGGCUAAAGCGACACUGAUAGUAGCUGACCCAUUUGCCAUGUAAAUCUCUUAAAUUAAUACAUUAGUCAAAAGUCUGUAUUAUGUUCUUGCUGCAACAGCCUUGGACUCUAACCAGAAUGAACUAGCUCACCUAAAAGAGCUGGCACAAAAAAAAAAGAGACUUGUUUGCAAAGUAAACAUUACUAUGAACUACACGUUAUGACAUUGCUUCUGUGCUGUUUGGAUUUUCAGCCCACCGAUUACAAAACUGUUUGUUUAAAAGCACGAAUAACAAAAAAUGGUUACAGGUCUGUUCUUAACUGUGCCACAACUUGGUAUAAUAUUGAUAUUGUGUAAACCAGCCUAAGCUAGGAAUUAGGACUUGGGUAACACAAAGAUGACUGGAUGAUCUGAUUGGCUAUAGUUUUAGAUUAGAGAGGGUUGUUUUUCCCCUUUGUAACUUAAUUUAGCAAGUUCUUCUUGUUGCACCACCCCUGCUUUAACUGAGAAGAGCCAUAAACUAUCAAGCACUCCCUCAGACAUGCAUGCAGUCUUUAUUGUUUGUUUUCAAAUUUUUUUUCAUUACCUUAGUAGCAGAAGCUCACAGAGAGCAGUUCAUUCAGAGAGUCAUGCUAUACCUUCUUGCAAGGGUAAGACAGACACCAGAGAUCAUAGUUACAGCUGCAAUAAGGAAACCCCAUAUCCUCAACCCCCCACUGAAAGAGACCCAGCCAGGCUGCCCGAUAGCACUUCCAAGAUCUCUGUGCUGGUGGGUUGGCAUUAGACCGCUUUUUAGGUCCAGUAUGUGGAUCUGAAAAUGGUCUUUAAUACUUGCACAACAUAUCUCAUGAUCUUUCACCCCAAAGGACGUGAGGUAUGUAGCAUUUAAUCACAAAACUGUGAUCCUGUGCUACUUCACAUAAGUUCGUUACCACAAUUCCUUUAGUAAUUUAGAAACAACAUUCUGUGUUUUAUGGUGCCCUGAUUGUACUCCAUAUUUGAUCUGUCAGCAAAAGCAUUAACUUUUAUUGUUACAUUGACAUCCUGUUGUGAUAUCCAGCUUAAUGCAGCCGUGAUUACUUAACGUACCUUUAAGUCAGGACGUCAGUGGACGUAACUCAUUUCAGUGUAACCUGAACCCAAAUCCUACAUGCACCUCACACAUGCAGGAACAGCAAACCUGUAAAUGUAGCAUGAACUGAAACACUGUACACCUGAAGACUCUCCUACAACUUCAGUUUAAUCACUAAACCAUAAUAAUAGGUCCUUAGUAUUUAGAACAUUUUUAAUAAGUGUAAUACGUGUAAAUAUAAAUGUCAUGUCCUGAAUACACAGAGUGAGAAGACAAGCGUCUUGCCUGUGCAAUAAUGCUGCCUUGCCUUGAGUUUCCUUUUUUAAAACACUUAUUAAACAUUUAAAAUCCAAUUAGACAUUUUUGCACGAAAUCUGAUUUAUAACUGUACUAAUUCUAGCAUCACUGGCUUGAAAAUCAAUUGAUAUUUCUUUGUGUGUUUACUAGACUACUUGAAUAAUGCAAACUUUUAUUUAUUGUCCAGAAAGUUUGGACAGUAUGUGAAAUGCUAAUAAAAAUAGUAAAAAGUGAUGUGUACAUUUAUUUUUCACUAUAUAAAAAUAUGAUCUUUUACUUUGAAAA